GCAACUCUCCUCACGACGACGACAACGUGCUGCUCCUCUCCUUUGUCCACGACGCCUGCGCAUGUGUGAUUGAAGCCGAUAAACUCCUUUGUGUUCCCAUUUAUUCAAGGCGGCCGCCGGGGUCGGUUCUUUCAUCCCCCUGCGCCGUUGCCACCGCCGUACCCUCUAACACCCAUUUCUUACCCUUUAUCUCGCAUUCUGGCGACGAUUCAUCUUUCUGAACUGUCUGUGGUCGCCCCGGGACCGGUCGACGAUCAAGAGAUGUGGGACUGGGAGAUAGCGCAGGACGACUGGUGGAAGACGUCCUUCAGGGCGAUCUCCUGGGCUUACAAGACAAAGCCGAGUCAUCCCCGUCCCCCACAUUAUCACGACCACCUGGCGCGCGGUAGGAGAAAGACGAUUGCGGGCGAUGCGCAGGGCGCUGCGCGAGGUGCCGCGGGAGAUGUGAGCUUGAACAAUGGGCUAUGUGGCGUGCGUGUCGCGGAGGAAGCUCUCAUGCGGUACGAGGUCGAUGCUGCUAUCCUCCCGUCCAACGAUCACUUUCAGAUCGCGGAGGUACCAUCUCCUGAUCCUGACCCUCUGUACGCGGACGGAAUCUGGGACGAGAAGGUCCAGGAGCUCCUGGGAGGCAUCCUCGAGCCGGGCGCCCUGCUAGAGGUCGACUCGUUGGCACAAGACGUUCCGCUUUGGGAUCUCCAUCUCCUCGACAGUCCACUGCUCGCGCCGAGCUCUUCCGGAGCAGCAGAUCUCACGGACUCGGAGACGUCGGUCGACUCAGAUCCCCCGCCGUCGACGCCCAAGCCCACAAAGGCAUCCUACGCUCGAAUCGUCUCAAGUGAUAUGGUGUCUCCGACCGUCCUCUCGCCUCUCCCUUCGAAGCUGCUCAGCGCGGCCGCCCUCACGUUCAUUCCCUCAACCCCCAACCGCGCAUCAUCACGGGAACCCACCACGCCACCGUUGACGUCUUCUUCGAAUUCCUCCGACUCGCCGUUCUCGUCACCUACGUACAACUUCCACUUCCCGUCAUUGAACUCCAGCUCUCCAGCGGACAGGCGUGAGUCACGCUCCCUUCCGCCUUCACUCCAGAAGGACGAGAGCGGAUUCUACAUCGAGGUCGCUGAGGACCUGGAAGAGGCUGCGGCGGGCUCGACGCAGAGCUUGGGCAAUACGCGGAGCACCACGCCUCGUCGCCCCUCUGCCGCGUUCCUGCCUGCGUUCCUCACAGAUGGGUCGCCCACCUCGCGCUCGCGUAACUCGAAGACGCGCGAGAUAGUCGACCGUCUUCGGUCCUCGGGCAGCAGCACGAGUUCGGGCCGGAAGGCGAAGAAGUCCAGUAGCAACAGGCGGCAGGCCUCGACGAGCAAGGAUGCGGACUUGGCGGAGCUCGUACCCGAUGCAUCGACAGAAGACAGCACUGAUGGAUGGAUUAGCGGCGUAGUGCGCCAGAGUUCAUCGUCUCGUUUAGCGGUCACUGACGACGGUUGGGUCAUCCAGGGCAUGCAGCAGCAGACGCAGCAGCAGACGACGCAGACGCCAUCGCGCGCGAGUUCGGCGGCCCAGCAGCAGUAUCAGUCAAAGUCAGGCAAGCAUGGACACGGACACGGACACAAGCGUUCGUCCGGCAGCAACGCUGCCUAUCCCCCUUCUGCGUCUUCGUCAACGUUCUCUCCCGCGUCUUCGACGAUGAGCCUCACCGUCCCGCAAACCCCCGCGUCCGGCCCAGCGCAACUCCCGCCUAUGCCACAGCUGUUCCCUGGAGCCCCAGCAGGCGCGCCUCCGUAUGUCCCGAUGGGUGUGUACCCCGGGCCGUAUCCCGGUACUUUUAUGCACGCCGGACAGAUGCAGCAGCAGCAGUUUCCCCAAACUGCGCGCGGACCCUGGCCGAUGGGCUCGAUGGGCUACCAGCCUGGCAUGUAUCCCAUGUAUCAGCCGUUUGGCGUCAUGCCUACGGCGGUGCCUUAUGGGAUGAUGCCUGUCGCGCCUCCGGGAGGCAUGUUCUUCGACGGAAAGGGCAAGCCCGCCGGCGGUGCGCUUGUGCAGUGAGCCUGUCCUGGUUUCGGUGCCUAGCACAAUGACUUGUCUCCAGGUCAUCCACACCAUGGUCCUGCCCUGCUCCGGCAUCCUGACGUCGACGUUGGCGUGGCGACUACGUCGCCCCAUCGCGUGCGUCUCACUCCAUGCCUCUUCACUCUCUUGCUCUAUCCUUGUUGUUCUAUGUAGUAGUUAGCUUUUCUCUGUCCCUCACGCAUAAGAUGUACGCCCCUCUCUCCCUUCAUUCUGUGGUUCAAUACGUUCGUCUGGUAACACCUACAUACAAUGCGCACCACAUUCGAGCCAACACCGAUAGCAUUCGACGUCGACGUCGACAUCGACAUUCCUCUCCCUCUCUUUUUCGUUCUCCGGCGGACCGGCCUUCAAUCUCAUCUCACCCCACCUCUCAUCUCUGCAGUUGUCAUUAUUGUCAUUCCGUCGAUCACCUUGGUGUUAUUGAUUCACC